AUGUACACUGGCCCUUUUCUAAUAUCACUGGUUAGUGGUGCUGCAGCAGGUACAUCAACAGAUUUGGUGUUUUUUCCAAUUGAUACCUUAAAAACAAGAUUACAAGCAAGAGGUGGUUUUGUGAAAAAUGGUGGAUAUCACAAUAUCUAUAAGGGUGUUGGUAGUGCAAUCGUCGCUUCAGCUCCAAGUGCCUCCCUAUUCUUCAUAACAUAUGAUUCAUUGAAAUUUUAUCUGAAACCUUAUUUCCAUAAUAUAUUCUUAUCUUCGGGAAGUAACGUCAAUCCAGAACUGGUAGAUGCUUCCGUUCAUAUGGUUUCUUCUAUCUCUGGUGAAAUUGCAGCUUGUAUCGUCCGUGUACCUGCGGAACUUAUAAAACAGACCACACAAACUUCAAAAAUUUCAAAUUCUUCUUGGAAUACCGUCAAAAUUUUGCUACAUAAAGGCUCAAUGCCGAAUUCUUCCAUUCGAUCCACAUUCUAUCGUGGUUGGUGGUCUACCAUAAUGAGGGAAAUUCCCUUCACUUGUAUACAGUUCCCGCUAUACGAGUUUUUAAAGCAAAAAUGGCGUAUUUCCUCAACUGGUCAAGAAAAUGGCAAUUUGGCACCGUGGAAGGGUGCAAUAUGUGGGUCCAUAGCAGGUGGGAUUGCUGCUGCAACUACUACCCCAUUGGACUUCAUAAAGACAAGAAUAAUGUUAAGUGAUGGGUCAAUUACCCCCAAAAUGGUGUUGAAAACCACACUACAAAAUGAAGGCCCAUUAGUUUUUUUCAGUGGUGUAACCGCAAGAACUCUGUGGAUCAGUGCCGGUGGUGCCAUCUUCUUAGGCGUCUACGAAACAGUCCACCACCUCCUAACAAUCCCGCACACUUGA